AUGUCAAGAUUUGUAAUCAUCUUUAUACUCCUAGCAGCAUCAGGGUUUAUACUGAUUGUCCAGAAUAUCACAUCUCUGGAGAAUUUGAGUGGGCAUGUAACAUUUGCCUUACUCAAAAUCCAGAAGAGCUUCCAAUCAUCCUUUGAGCCCACUGAAACCUUGUGGCUGUCGGAAUUAAGCAACACAUUUUGUGCACAUUUGGGCCAGGAGCCCACACCAGAGGAGGCCAAAGAAGAGAAAUAUCUGCUCAAUUCCAUUGCAUGGCCAGGUCCCUUGGUGCAAGGUCUCCCUGUGGAGUUCAGCAGCAGCCCUAAAAAGAGCUACUUUGUGAUUCAGGGCCCAGCAAAGCAGCAUGUAGGUGGUCAGCUUGUAGUCAAUGUCCAUAUACAGAACUUCCUAGGUUUGCCUAAAAAGCAUGGCGGAGAUUUCCUGAUAGCCCGGCUGCAUUCACCCGAGCUUGGCGCUGGUGUUGCAGGGAAGGUGCAUGACCACAAUGAUGGGAACUAUACAGUACUGUUCCCACUUCUGUGGGCUGGAGUAGUGCAGGUUCAAAUCACCAUGGUGCACCCAAGUGAGGCAGUGGUGGUGUUCAAAAGAUUGAAUAAAGAACAUCCUGACCGCGUGUUUUUUAAAAGCGAGUUCCGCUCUGGUGCCCUCUCAGAAGUCACAGAGUGCAAUGUCUGCCUGCCAUUCAAUCAAAAGCCAAUCUGUAACUACACUGACCCUAUAAUUGGAGAGCCCUGGUACUGCUACAAGCCUGAAAUGCUCGCAUGUGACACACGAAUAAAUCAUUACAGAGGUGGAUACAGAAUGAAUAUCACUACGAAGUAUGAAAAACAGUUGUUCAAGAGGGGUGUAAAUCUCAAAGUUCCUAUACCUGCUUCAGGGAUGGAAAAAGUGAUUGUAAUUCCUGCAGAAAAAGGGCAAAUUAUAUUAAAUGAUUCUUCUGCUGGAUAUUACUAUAACAACACCUGGAGACCUCUAAAUGGUGCAGUUAUGCAGCAGUUCCAUGACUCAGCAGCCAUAAAGCAGUGUCUUAGAGGGAAGCUUAUAUACAUGUUCGGAGAUUCAACAGUGCGGCAAUGGUUUGAAUAUCUCUCUGAAUUUAUUCCUGUGUUCAACAUUCACACCCCUUUAAAAGUGUAUCCAUUCAUUGCUAUGGACAGCAAAAACAAAAUACUGAUACAGUACCGUAUUCAUGGGCCACCCGUCCGCUUCAACCGUGUGUUCAUUUCAACACUGACCUAUGUAGCAAAUGAGCUGGACAGGAUCAAGGGUGGGCCAAACACAGUAGUUCUUUUGAGUGUAUGGGCUCACUUUAACUCCUUUCCUAUUGAUAUAUAUAUACGCCGCCUCAGGCACAUCCGGAAAGCAGUGAUUCAUCUGCUGAACCGUGAGCCGGCUACUUUGGUGGUGAUCCGUACUCCCAACCUGAUGAAGGUAAAUGAAACAAGCAUUCUGUUGGACAAUGAGUGGUACUCUUUUCGGUUUGAUGCUGUGCUGCGUGCCAUGUUCCAAGGACUCAAUGUGCAGUUUCUGGAUGCCUGGGAAAUGAUGCUGGCCCACCACUUCCCACAUGACUUGCACCCACGUCCCGCCAUCAUCAAAAAUAUGAUUGAUGUGGUCCUCUCCCAUAUCUGUCCAGUUAAAGAAUAUAUUAAAGACUAA